UUUAGUAGAACAGAUAGAGGCCAACAUGGCGCAAGUCAAAGAAUCAGAAAAGUGGGCAAUGGAAGAAAGCGAAGAAAUUGAUAAAAAUAUUUUAAAGAAUAUCUUCUUGAAAAUUUGGCGUGAUAUGGCUUUUUCAGGAUUGUUUGAUUCUCGAGCGUAUAAUAAGAACGUAGCUUAUGGAAAAAUUCUUGAAUUAAAUUGAAGGUUCAGGAGAGAAUCGAAUCUUUGUAAUGGUUUGAAACCUUUUGUGAUGUUCAAUCUGAACAAAGUGUCUUUGAAUGGUUUAACAAAAAGAAGAAGCUAUGUUAAAGAUUUUCUCACCAAAUCAUUUCCUAAGAAGAUUGUGAAACUAUAUAUCUCCUUCAAUAAACCUUUAAAGCUAAACUCAGCAUAUUACAUGAAUAGCAUGAUUAAGAUUGGUCCGAAUGUUCAGAAGAUAGCACGUUUUAAAUGCCUUUGGCUGAAUUCUAAGCAACUCAAAAGACUAUUGAGUGCAUACAAGCAUGUGACUCAAUUGACUCUCUCAUACUGCUUAUUUUGUCUACCUGCGCAUGUAGAUUUGACAAUGGCUCUGAAGGACACACAGAUAACUCACCUCAGUUUUUCAUAUUCUUCUUCUGCUGAUCCAAGUGAUUGGAAGGAUAAGCCAACAGGCUUGCUGAACUUAUUGAAGAGUUUAGGAACUUCGCUAGAUUUAAUCCUCAUACUGCAAGCACUGUGCCUGACCGGCUGGGUCACCAAGAAAUCUCUGCUAAGAAAGACACUGAGUGACAAUAGUCUUGGAAGAGUUAAGCUAGAGAGGUCAAUUAGUGAUUAA